UGAAAGGUUCUUCAAAAAUUCAACUUUUUUCAAUAUUUCGCAACAAAAUGUCGAUACUGGGAAUUGAUUUUGGUGCAACAAAAAUUGUCGCAGCUUAUUUUGAUGCAAAAACGCAAAAAUCUGAGAUAAUUUUGGACAACGAGGAAAAUCGAAGUACCGCAUGCUGUUUGGCAUUCACAAAAACUGAGAGACUUUUCUCCAAAGCGGCUGAAUAUCAAGCAGUGAGCAAUCCAGAAAAUACGAUUUUUGGAAGAGAUAUCAAGCUGAUAAUUGGAAAUGAUUACAAAAUCGAGACUUUUAUCAAAAGCGAUUUAAAUCCCGAUAAUGAACGCGAAUUAAAAUUAACUUAUCGCAAUGAAGAGAUAAAAAUUUUCCCGGAACACAUGAUAGCGAUGCUCUUAUCGCGUUUACGUGAAAAUGCUGAAAAACGAUUGGGUCGAAAUUUUUCCCAAGCUGUCGUUUCAGUGCCGGCGAUGUUCAAUGCCAAACAACGAAAUGCCUUAAAAACUGCGUGUUCGGCAGCUGGAUUGGAAGUUAAAGCGUUUCUGAAUAAUACGACGGCAGCUGCGAUUCAUUACGCGGUUGAACGAAAAUUUUCCGGGUAUUCGAGGAAAAUUUUGAUUUUUGAUAUGGGAGCGACGUCGUUCGAAGUUGGAGUCUUUGAAAUUCGCAAUAAUUCGGUAACGACACUUGCUUGCGAUGGAAGUUUGGAAAUCGGAGGAGAAAAUUUCGUUGAUCGCUUGAAAAGUUAUUUUUUGCAGCAAAUGCGGGAAAAUUACAUGUUCAUCGAACACGAUAAUGAAAAGCUGUCCCGCUUACAUGACGCAUGUGAAAAAGUCAAAACUGUUCUUUCAACGACGAAUUUGGCAGAUGUCAAGGUUGAAGCUUUCAACGACGGACAACCGUAUGAAUUUAAAAUGUACCGAGACGAAUUUGAGUACCUUUGCAAAGAUUUAUUUGAAAAAAUUCAUGAAAUUGUGCAUGAAACGACAAAAAAUAUCUGCGAUAUUGAGGAAUUUAUCGUCAUCGGAGGCGGAGGAAGGAUCCCAAAAGUCGAAGAAACACUAAAAAAUGCUUUAAAAAUUGAUCAUCUCUCAAAAGUUUUGAAUCAAGACGAAUCAGUAGCCAAUGGAACUGCUUAUUAUGCAGCAAAAUCGGAUAUUUUUUCAGUUCAUGAAGUCACUGCAACGGAAUUUUUAAUUGAAUCCGAAAAAUCUAAAGUUGUAAUUGCACGAAAAGGCAAAAAAUUGCCCAUUAGUCAUGAAAUCACGUUUAAGCAUGGUGAAGAUUCGUAUCCUGAAUUUAGAAUUUAUCAAGAUUUUCAUCAUUUUGUGUCUAUAGUGUCCUUCAACGAGUAUUUGACUCUCAAAACUGAUGUUGACUCCAACGGUUUAGUGAAAAUAAUUAAAAAUGAAGGAAAUGAAAUAUUAAAUUUGCAGUCAAUUCCAUCCAAUAAAGUUGAAAAAAUGAAAAAUUUGGAUAAAAACUUUGAAAGUACCGAAAAACUUUACAAAACUUUACAAGUAAAGCUAAAUGCGUUGGAAAGUAAGUGUUACAAGUACAAAAGGACGGUAGAUUCGAAGGAUUUGUUUGAAGUUUUAACCGAAAAUGAUAAAUUUCGAGUCAAGGAAUUGUGUGAAAACACUCUCGAAUGGAUAAAAUACGCACAAUAUGCGACGAAAGAUGAUAUAAUUUCAAAACAAGAAGAAUUAGAUGAAAUUUGCUUCAACCUUAUUGAACAAGCACAAAAGAAACAUGCUCAGAACGUUUUGGAAACAUCAGCUAAUCAAUAUUUCAGCAACAAAGACUUCGAAAGAGCAAUUGAUGCAUACACUAAACUCAUUGAGCAGUCAAAAGAAAAUGAUUUUCUCGUUCUUGCUUAUCGCUGCAACCGUGGAAGAGCUUUGUAUUAUCUUAAAAGAUGGGAAGAAGCAAUUAAAGACUUUAAUUUUUUGCUCGAUCAGAGUUACAACAAAAGUAAUUUGGAGGAAUGUCGCUUUUAUCGUGCCAAAUGUUACUUCUUAUUGGAAAAUUUUGAUGCUUCUCUGAAGGAUCUCGACUAUCUCUUAAGAGCAAACGAUUUAAAGUCUGAGUUUAGAAACGGAAUCUUAACACUAAAAGUAAAAGUUUUAUUGGUAACUUAUGGCAGAUCAAAAGAAUAUGGUCAAAAUUCAUUAGAAAUUUCAAAAAUUGAUGAAUUGAUGAACGAUUAUCCCUUUAUGCAAUAUUUAAAGAAAUCAAAUAGAAAUUUAUUGGGAGAAAUGUUUCUCAAAAGAGCAACUUGCAAAUUUUCGGUGCAUUUUCACGACAAAGCUCUUGAAGAUUUGGAAAAAGCCGCUGACUAUCUUGAUAACCAUGGAGAAAUUUUCAAACUACGAGCUCAGUGUUUCUUUAUCCUUGGCAAAAUCGAUCAGGCUGAACAAGAAAUACAAUCAUGUUUGUUGGUAACUGAUGAAGGCUCGGAGUUACGGUCAGACAUUGUGAUGUUAAGUGCAGAAAUUGAAAAAUCCCGUAAAGAACAGACUUUGAAACGUGAAUUGAAAGAAUUUGAAAGACUUCGCGCAGAAAAUGCUUAUGAAGAUGUUGUAAAAAUUAUGAAAAAAAUCAAAAAUGAACAUCGUCCAUUACCGAAAAAUAUCAGAGAUGAGUUUAUGAGGGCAGAAAUUGUAGCGAAUUAUCAUCAUUUUAAAAAAGCUCGAGAGGGAAUCCAAGAUUGUUCGUCUCUGUUGAUUGAUAAUAUGAAAGAUUUGUUUGCUUUACGGUACCGUGCAAAAUUUUAUCUUGCUGAUAAAUGUAAAUGGCAGGCAGAAAGGGAUUUGAACAAAAUUCUUUCAAUAAAUCCUGACGAUCAAGAGGCAAUAGAACUUCUAAAUUCGUUAAAACAAAAUGGAUUUUGGAAUAAAGUUUUGAAAAUUAUCAAUUGGAAUACUGACAAUUCUGAGAAAAAAGUACAAAAACAAUUUCAAAGCAACGGAGACGAAUUAGGUGCAAAUAGCGACGAUGAAGGUCCAAACUGCAACUCAAAAAAAGACACCGUAAUUGAUAUUGGUGAAAGUGCUGAAGCGUCAAAUGCCAAUGUUACAAAGCUUCGUAAAAAGUAUGAAACUAACUUUUGAGUGAACGAGUUUUAUUGUUCAGGUCCUCAAACGAAUCCUUAAAUGAAGCAUCAUCAAAUGGAAAAUCGAGAAAUCGUAAAAAGAAAACCUACCAACCUUAUGAAGCGGAAAAAAUUAUUGGUAUUCAAAAAUAUUCAAAAAAAUAAACUUUUGUAA